AGCGGGAUUUGAUCAUUGCGUCGUCUGGUAACGGAGUGAGCGGUGUUCUUCGAGUUGCGACAAAAAUGUUUUGUGUGGGCGCGACUCUGUCUGACAGACUGAGAUUCAUAAGGACCAUUAACUCGUUCUUGUGUGUGUUCGGCGUUGUCUUGUCAAUCUACGCCUACCAUGUUGAAACGCAAAAAGAGCGAGACAGCCAGUACGUUGCCAUGUGCGACGUCAGCGCUCAUAUGAGUUGCUCUAAAGUUUUUACAUCAAGAUUUGGAAGAGGUUUCGGUCUCUUAGAGUACCUCGUAGGUCGUGAAUCGCCGUACAAUCAACCGAACAGCGUAUUUGGAGUUAUCUUCUACGUGACAGUAUUUGUUUGUGGCCUCUUGCCCGGCAAGUCCUUCGGCGUUACCUGCAUAUCGAUGAGCCUCCUUUCUAUCCUCGGCUCAGUGUACCUUGCGUGCAUCCUGUACUUUGUACUCCAUGACUUCUGCUUUAUAUGCGUAACGACAUAUGUCAUCAACUUCUUUCUGCUCGUGUGCAGUGUGUGUCGGUUACGUACUGAAGGCUCGCUCGAAAAGCAGAAACAGCAGUAGCAGUGUCGCUACGUUUGCUCACGUGAUAUUGAGAUUGUGCAGCGCACAUCGUUACCGUUUUGUGCACGUUGGUGCUUUCAAUAUCCACAUUGAUAUAUAUUCCAAAGUAUGUAAAUAAAUGUUUAUGCAGGUUAUUUUUACACGUU